GUGUUGGAGCAGGCCUGCAACGCAACCAGGAGCGAUGCGAAGAGCUACGGGCCAAAGCAAGUAGCUGCAUGGAUUGCGGCAAAACUGGUUUCUGCCAAGUACGACGCUUCGGCGAUCCAACAGGCACUUGCAAAGCUGUCGGAGAUGACUGCUGAGAGCCUGCUCGGAGUCACGCAAGAUGAGCUCCAGACAAAGUACCAGCUAAAGGCUGCGAGCGCCGA